UGGGAAUGGAGAUUUGUUUUGCCCCUCUGCCAGACCGAGUAAUAUAAAAUGUAGGUCCAACAUUAUCUGUGGUGUGGUACCCUGCCUCCCUACAUCUGCUCAGCUCAGCAAUGCGUUUGCUUUUCCAGGAAUGGGAUGAGACUAGCAAAGCAAAACCAUCCACGCUUCAGAAAAAAUGGGGGAAAGAAACAGUACCUGGUGUGGCGGCAUUGCCCCAGCUCUUUCUCUCAGUAUAUUGCCCAUCCCAACGUGGCACCUGGUCUCCCUCCGUGCAGAGAUUGGGCAUGCACAGGUCUGGAGCGCACAGACAGAGCCCGCCCAAUGAGGAACGUCACUCCGGUUUUAAUGCACACAUGCUGGAGGAAGCAGGACGGCAGCCGCCGCCAAUAAACACUUCGUUAGCAAAGGCAGUAAGCCCGGCUGCAUGCAGUCGGCACUUGAGGCAUUGUCACACCGAAGGAGAGAGCGCCAUGUGCCACCCAGGACUAACCCGGCUGCUGCUCUUCCAUCUGCUGCUGAUCAAGCUGCACACUGGCAAAGGCGCCGCAAAGGAGUGCGAGGAGGAUCAGUUCCAGUGCCGGAACGAGCGGUGCAUCCCCGCCAUCUGGAAAUGCGACGAGGAUGACGAUUGCUCGGACAACAGCGACGAGGCGGAUUGCCUGAAGAAAACCUGUGCAGAAUCAGACUUCACCUGCAAUGAUGGCCACUGCAUCCCAGCCAGGUGGAAAUGUGACGGUGAAGAGGAAUGCCCUGAUGGGUCUGAUGAAUCAGAAGCGACAUGCACCAGACAAGUGUGCCUAGCUGAAAAAAUUAGCUGUGGAAACUCAAGCAACAAAUGUAUCCCAUCAUCCUGGAGAUGUGAUGGAGAGAAAGACUGUGAAAGCGGAAUUGACGAGGCUGGUUGCACUACUGUCUGUUCUUCCAGUGAGUUCCAGUGCAGUAACAAGACCUGCAUAGCCAUGAUCUUCGUGUGUGAUGGUGACAACGACUGUGGCGAUGGCAGUGAUGAGAGGAAGUGCUCGCCACUCACCUGCAACCCUAAUGAGUUCCAGUGCAACAACAGCGUGUGCAUCCCAGAGCCCUGGGUCUGUGACAACCAGCCCGACUGUGAAGACUACUCAGAUGAAUCAGUGGAGAAGUGUGGCUACAAAGUCAAGCCUCAGGUGCUGAACACCUGUGCGGCCCAUGAAUUCAGGUGUGGCAAUGGGGAAUGCAUCCACUUGAACUGGAAGUGUGAUGGCGACGAGGACUGCAAAGACAAGUCAGACGAGCAGGAUUGUCCACUGGUGACCUGCCACCCUGAUGAGUUCCAGUGUGGGGAUGGGACCUGUAUCCAUGGAGCAAAGCAGUGCAACAAGGUACACGACUGUCCUGACAACAGCGAUGAGGCAGGCUGCAUUAAUGAGUCCACGUGUGAAAGCCCCAGGAAGUUUCAGUGUAAAAAUGGAGAGUGCAUUGAUGGAGUCAAAGUGUGCGAUUCACAUAGAGACUGCAGGGACGGGUCUGACGAGCCUGUGAAAGAAUGUGAACAAAAUGAAUGCUCGAUCAACAACGGUGGGUGCUCACACAUAUGCAAAGACUUGAAGAUCGGUUAUGAAUGUGAAUGCCCUCCCGGAUACAAGCUUCUGGAUAAAAAAACGUGUGGAGACAUAGAUGAAUGUGAGAAUCCAGACGCUUGUAGCCAGAUCUGCAUUAAUUACAAGGGGGACUACAAAUGUGAAUGCUACGAGGGAUACGAGAUGGACACCCUGUCUAAGAACUGCAAAGCCGUAGGCAAGAGUCCAUACCUGAUCUUCACCAACCGCCACGAGGUACGCAAGAUAGAUCUGGUGAAAAGGGACUACGCUCGCAUCAUCCCCAUGCUGAAGAAUGUGGUGGCUUUGGAUGUGGAGGUGGCAACAAACAGGAUAUACUGGUGUGAUUUGUUCUACAGAAAGAUAUACAGUGCCUACAUAGACAAAGCCAGCGACACAGCCGAGCAGGUGAUUUUGAUAGACAGUCAGCUGAACUCCCCUGAAGGCCUGGCGAUGGACUGGGUUCACAAGAACAUCUACUGGACAGAUUCAGGAAACAAGACCAUCUCAGUGGCCACUGCUGAUGGAAGCAAGAGGACGACACUUUUUAGCGCUAAUCUAAGCGAGCCCAGAGCCCUUGCAGUUGAUCCGACACGGGGAUACAUGUACUGGUCUGAUUGGGGCGACAAAGCUAAAAUUGAAAAAUCUGGCCUGAACGGUAUGGAUCGGCAAGUGCUGGUAACAGACAACAUUGAGUGGCCGAAUGGCAUCACACUCGAUUUGCUGAAUCAGCGUCUCUACUGGGUGGACUCCAAGCUGCACUUACUUUCAAGCAUUGACUUCAAUGGCGGCAAUAGGAAAGUUCUCAUCUCUUCUGCUGAUGACCUGAGCCACCCCUUUGGAGUAGCUGUGUUUGAGGAUAAGGUGUUCUGGACUGACCUGGAGAACGAGGCAAUCUUCAGUGCAAACAGAUUGAAUGGCCUGGACAUCUCCAUUUUAGCAGAGAAUCUCAAUAACCCCCAUGAUAUUGUGGUCUUUCACGAGCUAAAGCAGCCGAAAGCUCCCAAUUCCUGUGAGCUCAGUUCUCAAUCCAAUGGAGGCUGUGAAUACCUGUGUCUUCCCGCACCCCAAAUCUCUCUCCAUUCCCCCAAGUAUACGUGUGCUUGUCCUGACAACAUGUGGCUGGGCCCUGAUAUGAAGAAAUGCUACAAAGAUCUUCCAGCUGCCUCAACAACUGAGCCAGUUUUAGCCAUCACCACUCCUAUGAUUUCCACCAUCAUCGCUGCUACAACUAGCAACAUCAGCAAUGCCAGUAGAGAGAACUCAGGAGGUGUAUCACAAUUCUCCAUCACAACCCCAGGUGUUGGCUUACCCACAACCACAUCCAGCCUAAUAGGCACAAAGAUAAUGACAACCGGAAAUAGCAAUUUAUCGCAGCACUAUGCCAAUGAUGGGCAAGGUUUUGGAUCAACUGUUACAGCAGCCAUUAUUGGAAUUGUAGUUCCUCUUGUGGUCAUUGGUGUGCUGUGUAUGGGAGGGUACCUCAUCUGGAGGAAUUGGAAAAGGAAGAACACUAAAAGCAUGAACUUUGAUAACCCUGUGUACAGGAAGACAACAGAAGAGGAGGAUGAAGAGGAAAUCCAUAUUGGGAGGACGGCACAAAUUGGGCAUGUCUACCCAGCAGUAAGUAUCUCUGAGCAAGCUCCCAAAGGAAAAGAUUUUUCUUGUUAAGAAGUUUUGGCUACAGAAUUAUCUCAGCUGAUCACGUGGUUGGUUACAGUUACUUGGCAUCAGACAGUACAUUAAAUGGAGGGUUGUCAGAUUUUUGCCUGUUACAUUACUCUUAAGACUUGUAUGUGGAUCAUGUCGCCAUCUCUUUGGAACAUCCAGUAGGAAUUUACUAUAUGAGAUUAGAUCAAUGGUCCAUUUAGUCAGGUACCCUGUCUCCAGUGGCACUGGGUGCUCAAAUCCCUGCAAGGCAUCCCACUGAGAAAUUCUUGUCUCAGGUAUUUAUAACAUGACCAUCAUUGUAGUGAUAAGCGCUAAUAACAUGCAAGAAAAACAAGCAGGCUGUCCUAUACACGAGUUUUUCAAAACAGGGACAAGGACUGCUGCUAAAUGUUAGGCUGUACCAUGGUGGGGAGGGUUUUUCUCCUGACUCCAGCUUGCAGUCGGUCUUAUGCCUUACUCUUUUCCAUCCACUGCUUUUUCCUGCCAACAAUAAAGACCAAUUUGUAUUUGCUAGGGGGACCACAGUAUUCUUUUAAUUAUAUGAUUAGACAUAAACCACUAAAGAGUGAAAUGCCCUGCAGUGAAGAAUGAAUGAGAUUCCAUAGGGAGUCAAGGAAAGUUGCCUUAGCAAGAUGAGGCAUAGAGAUGGGAUGGAGGAGUAAUGCUUUGCGCCAAAGGUUCCGCUGUAACUGCAUAAUGGGACUUGCUGAUGGAGGCACCAGACCCCCUGCAGAGUUGUUUCUUCAAGGGAGUUUCCCUUCAAGAAACAGGCAGCUUGGAUGAAUAGUAACUGAGUUGUGAAGGGGAGGACAAAGAGAAGGGAGUAAAAGCAGUGCAGGUGUGAGGAAGGGCACUGUCUCAAUAUCGCUGAAUGAGUAAUAAUAAUAGCAAUCCUUGCGCUGCUGUCAUUCCUCCCAUCAAAGGAUUUUAAUGUGCGUCACAGCCAUCGGUGAACUUGGCCUCCCACCACAUCUGUAGUGCAUGGGAGCAAUGCUUAUCCCCAUUUGGAGGAAGGGGAACUGGAGGCAUGAAGGACCAGGUACUAAUAAGUACUACUCAGUGUAGGUGUUACUCCAUUGAAAUCAAUGGGGGUGGGAGGGGAGAGUAAUCAUGAGUAAGGUAUCAGAUCCAAAGAGAUCAAAUAAUUCUGUCACUCAAGCAUUUACCAUUAUUGUG